AUGGCGGUGGCUCUCGACGCAGUCCUCGCGCGGGUCAAGGAUGUCUGUAAGAGGAACGGCCUGCUCAUCCUCUCGGUGCUGUCGGUCACGGUGGGCUGUCUUCUCGGAUUCUUCCUGAGGACGAGGCGACUCUCACAGCAGGAAAUUAGUUAUUUCCAGUUUCCUGGUGAAUUACUGAUGAGGAUGCUGAAAAUGCUGAUUCUUCCAUUGGUUGUCUCAAGUUUAAUGUCUGGGCUAGCAGCCCUGGAUGCCAAGACUUCUAGUCGCCUAGGAAUCAUAACCAUCACUUACUAUCUGUGGACAACAUUUGUGGCUGUGGUUGUGGGAAUAAUUAUGGUCUCCAUCAUCCAUCCUGGUGGAGCAGCACAGAAGGAGAGCACUGAAGAGGGUGGAAAGCAAAUCAUGAGCUCUGCAGAUGCACUGCUGGACUUAAUCCGGAACAUGUUUCCAGCCAAUCUUGUUGAGGCCACAUUCAAACAGUAUCGCACCAAGACUAUUCCCAUCAUUAAAUCCAGCAAAGCAUCAUCUGAAAGCACCACUCAUCGCAUUAUAAUAUAUGGAGUCCAGGAUGAGAAUGGAUCCAAUGUCCAGAAUUUUGCCUUGGACAUCACUCCCCCUCCUGAAGUGAUUUACAAAUCAGAACCAGGCACUAGUGAUGGCAUGAAUGUGCUAGGGAUUGUGAUAUUCUCUGCAACCAUGGGUAUAAUGCUAGGAAGAAUGGGAAACAGUGGUGUUCCUUUGGUCAGUUUUUGUCAGUGUUUAAAUGAAUCUGUCAUGAAGAUAGUGGCGGUUGCUGUUUGGUAA